UCUCUCUCUCUCUCUCUGACUGGUUCUGGGGAGUGGAGUUAGAUGGAACUCGGUGGCGCUGUAGCUGAGGUCAUCAGUUUGGUCUGUCUUCUUCCUACACCACAACAGAGCUGACAGAAAAGCAUCCACACAAGAUCUCAGAGCUAACCCCUGACCUGAAAGAGAUGGAUGGAUGGGACAAACCUGUAGGGUCCUCUGUAGGGGCCAUGAUGUCCAAAGACAAUGGCAGCACCCCCACAUCACCUCUGGUCAACCGGUCCUGUGCGGACCUGAAGUGCUAUAUGGUUCUGUUCGAGGCGGAGAAGACAGCCAUCGGCUCCAUCUGUUUCCUGGCCGGACCCUUCACUUUCCUGGAGAAUGCUUUGGUCCUGGGUGUGAUCGCCGCCACGGCCUCCCUGCGCCAGCGCCCCUCCUACCUCUUCAUCGGCAGCCUGGCCCUGGCCGACGUCUUUGCCAGCUGCUUCUUCACCACCAGCUUCCUGGAUUUCCACCUGUUCCACCGCCUUGAUGGCCCCAUCGCCUACCUCUUCAAGCUGGGCGGGGUGACGAUGGCGUUCACCGGCUCGGUGGGAAGUCUUCUGCUGACUGCUCUGGACCGCUAUCUGUGUAUACAUCAGGCGUCGAGUUAUAAAGUGAUGUUGACGCGCCGCAGGGCCCUGUUGGCUCUCCUUGCCCUGUGGAGCGCCACCAUCCUCAUCUCCUUCCUACCUCUGAUGGGCUGGAGGUGCCCCACAGAGCUCAGCCCGCCCUGCUCGCGCCUCUUCCCAUACAUCGACCACCGCUACCUGGCCUGCUGGGUCAGCUUCAUCCUGGUGCUGCUGUCACUCAUCCUGAGCGCCUACGCCCUGAUCCUGUGGAGGGCCAAUCGCCAUGAGGCCUCCAUGACGGGCCUCCAGGGGGCGCCUACCGGUGGUCAGGCCCGCAUGCGGCUGGACAUCCGAUUGGCACGUACCCUGGGCCUGAUUCUGCUCAUAAUGGUGGGCUGUUGGCUGCCGACCCUCUCCUUCAUGCUGGCAGAUAUCUCGGUGCAGCUCACACACACCCAGCAGAGGGCCUUUGCUUUCUGCAGCACCAUGUGCCUGGUCAACUCUGCCGUCAACCCACUGCUGUAUGCCCUGCGCUGCCGGGAGCUGAGGGUGGCACUGAUGCGGCUGUUGGGGGGCCUGAGUGAGGGGCUGGGGUGCUGCCAGAGGCACGUAGGGGGAGACUCGACCACUACCCUUUCCUUAGGCGAGGGCAACAGCUGCAGCGCACACUCCGAGAGUGAGGCGCCCAGACUCCUUGGCUGCCGACCGAACACAGUCUCAGAAAUGGUUGGCAAGCAGCAGCUGGACAUGACUGGUAAAUGAGAAGAGGUGAGAGGCUUACUGUAAUAUCAGGGUUAUUGUAGUGGAGUGUUGUGAACUUGUGUUUCUUCUGUUGUGUUCAUAGCAAUGAGGAGGUAAUGUCUCUAAAAAUGAACUGUGAUAACAGGGACUAAAACAAAGAUAUAGACCAUGUUACCAUAAAUUGUGUUGACCCACCUACAAGCCAAGUCACUACGAGAUAAUAUUAUUUUAUUAUUUGUCCAAGGGACAAAUGUUUUUUUUACAUGGUUUUUACAAACCAAUAGAAAUUAGGGGAAUUAUCCCAAAUUAACACCUUUGGGAAAACAACAGCAUUGUUAAUGUUGGCAGUGCAAAUGUAGAUAACUAUGUGUAUCCUAUGCUUGUUUUAGCUUGAGUGUUUGUCCUUUAGCGUCCAGAAGAGGAUCCUGCCGUGUUCCCAUCUGCACAUAUACACCUGUCCUGAACAGAGGCCCUAUGGAUUGCAAACAAUGUUCUCCACAUGUGACUGCGAGCAGUGUCGAGAUCAGAGGUGUAGGCAAGGCAGAGCCUGAGUGGGUCCACUAAGGGAAAAAAAAGAGGUCCACUCAGAUUUUGAUUUAUUAUUUAUUUUAUUUUUUUAAUGUAAUGCUCUUUACUUGUCAGUGUUCCAAAUGGGAUAUUAUGUAUUUUACCUAAAUAUGCAAACAUAGCAAGCAGUGCACUGGGUUAGUCAGAUUUGAUUAAAUAUAACAAAACAGAUGACCUGGAAUGACAUCACUUGCCAAAAAGAACUAACUGAAAGCCAUACCCCCAAUGAGCAACGAAUAUGACUGCAUUGAGGCAUAUGUCACUGUGCUUCUAUGGCUAUAUGCACCAUGCCACUACCUAUUUCAUUUGUUCAUUUAGCAAACAAGACAGCUCAAAAUCCAGCGCCUUCAUCACAUUCUACACACCUAUAUUUUAGUUUGAAUUUAAAAUAAAAAAUCCUACAUUUUCUCUCAGCCUCAUGGCAAAAUGUGUAGAAUAGCAUUAGAUGAGCUAAAAAAAAUGGCACAUAAACCUCUAAACCCUAUGGCAAAAUGUGUAAAAUAAAAUUGGGGGCCCAGACAAAUUUCUACAGGCCCAACCAACAACAUAUUUCUGGCUACGCCACUGGUCGAGAUGAGUGGGGCACAGGUCAGAAAGAUAGUGAGUCACACAACACAGAGACUAGAACACUCUUUUCUAUAGAACACUAUAAAUAGAAACUAUAGUUCACAAGUCAUUUUAGUAGAUCAAUCACAAAACAAUCAAACACAAAGGUAGAUGUUUUGUCUUGUUAUCAAAAUAACAUAUGAUCUGUCACAUGCUUCUUAAACAACAGGUGUAGACUAACAGUGAAAUGCUUACCCAUGGGUCCUUUUCCAACAAUGCAGAGUUAAAGAUAAAAAUAGAAAUAGUGAUAUGAGGAAUAAAUACACAGUGAAUAAUGAAUAACAAUAACAAGUUCAAACUCUAAGCCAAACUGCACUAAGACAAUUUGGUGUUUACACUGCAGCAUUUGAAACAAAGUGUUGUGUGUUUAUAGAGGACAAGAGGACAAUCCUUCUGAACACAGAUGACAGCCUGAAGACAGGGAGUCUGCCAUUUCAGGUCAGAAAAUAGUGGGGGAAAAAGGACAGACAGCAUGGUUUAUGUGAGGGGGUGAGAUGGCAGAGACUAGAUAGAGAGAGAGUCAUUUCUGGGUAACAAUUAAGUACCUUACUGUGAUUGUUUUCAAUUAAAAUAGUCUAAAAUAAACAAAAAUAGCUUCUUAGCUAAGAGCAAUUUCUCAAGUAAGACUUUUGCUAUGACUGUAUGGGAGUGGUCUGAAUGGGGA